UAGCGCAAUCGUCUCUCACCACUAGCAAAGUGACGGCUUGUAAAUUGUUGGGAUUUAAAAUUUAAAAUUGUCUGGUGCACAGGGCUUGAUCCCAAACAUUGGUUACCUGCGAGCGCGGAUUUCCGCGAAGCAAGACGCGGUCACAGACAGGCAGACCGCGAAGCGCAUCCUUGUUAUGAAUAAAAGACAGCGACGCACUUGAGAGACCAGCCAGACCAAUGGAGACCUCGGAAGCGGUGAAUACGUGUGAGGAGGGAGACCAGAUGAACGGCUCCUUCCGCCUGCAGUGCUCGAUGUCCUCCGUGGACAUGGAGAGCGAGAGUGACCUCUCGCUGGCCUUCGAGCGCGAGGAGCAAACCCCGGAUGGCGGCUGCGACGAGCUGCCGGCCUUCGAGAUCCGCGCCUUCUCGCCGCAUGGACGCACCCCGUCGCCCAUCGACGAUCUAGAUCUGUCGGACAUCGAGACGCCCAAACAGCCACUGAGGCUCCUUCCGGACGAGGAACGCCAGAACGAUCCUCAGUACGUGGCCCUGCACGAGAUAAACGCCCAGAUCAGCCCGCCCAAUGACGCCGACGACUCCAACAGCUUGGAGACGAUAUUCGAGGGCGUUUUCCUGAGCACCCCGCCCCGUGAUAAAGCUUCCAGCUCGGGCAAUUCCCGCUUUACGCCCAAGCGCGGACGUGCAAAUCUCAUCGAGCUGAUGGCCAACCGGCUGCACGGGGGCAAGGAGAACCAGUCGCCGGGAGCGCGAGUCUCCGACCCGCAUUUGCCCUCUCCGCUCAAGGACCCCACCUAGUGACCGCAGUCCAGCCGACCCAACCAAAGCCAUGGAGCCCUCGCUCAGACUGCCAUCGAUGUUCUAGAAUAAGUUACCAUUUACCUGAAUGUAUGGUUCACAUCCAGCGGUCAGCAGGUGUACACCCAGAUGUGUAUCCUCGUCUGAUCCUUCAGUUUACCUAAGCUUCGUGUCCCGCGUUUUCCGAUGCCAGGCUAACAGAUUUUGUAGUGGUAAAUAAAAAUUGUCGUCUUUCCAUGUUUCAAACAUUAAACCAAGGUUAUGCUCUUCCCUGCCUGGCAGAUGGUCCAGGUAGGCAGAAGGAAGGUUCACAUUGCUCAUAGGACAGACUGAUCAGCGGUGCCUGGAACUAAACCACUAAUGUAAACACUGGAAAGUUCGAUGGCUAAUUGUCCGAUCAUUGCUGCUGCGUAAUUUCUAGUACAAA